UUUUUUUCAUUCUCCCCCUUCCCUUUAACCUUUAACCGCCGGCUUCUUGGCCAAUCCCCCGUAGUGGGUAAGCGCCACGGAUGAGGAUCAAGCAAGCAAGCAAGCAAGCAAGCAAGCUUCCGCAGGUGCCAGAAUGGCUGGAGCAAAGCCUGCGAGCCCUAUCUCCUAGGUCAUGCCAUAACCAAGCAGAAUGCUCCGAUUUUGCUCGGGGAACCUGCUUUUCAAGAUUCGUUUUCUGCGCCUGGCAAGGCAACCGAAACUAAGAUUUUACCUUCAUUUAGCACGAACCAAGUUCAGAUGCGGCAACAAUGGGUGCUCGUUAUUUUUGUAUACUUUCAUUUUUGCCCGCGAUCUGCUCGCUUCAAUUCGGGAGCCACCGCUCAAAUCGCGCUUACUUUCGCCUCGCUGGCACUCUAUCUCAGGUCUUUCAAUGUCAGUGUUCAGCCUCAAAGUAGUUAUAAAGAACUUGCAGAGUUGCCUGGAAGAUGAAGACGACCUUGACAUGGACUCCUACAUUGUGGCGUACAGAGAGCUCUCCAAGUUCUUCGAAGACCUCGGCUCGCUAUUUGGCUUCAUCAACUCCGAUGUGAAGAGCAAACUGGACAUUUUGGAAGCGUACCGGAAGUCGGACGACGUGGGGGGCAACUACGAAACGUUGAACACCAUGAUCGAGUACGAGAAGGACGCAGGCACCAUUGCGGACACAAAGAAGCCAUCGGGGUCGCGUACACUUCUCCGGCUGCACAGGGCACUGGAGUUCAUCGCCGCUCUGUUCAAGGCUAUCAGCGGUGCCAAUGACGAUGCAUCUGUUGGGAAGAUGGCACAGGAGAGCUAUGACAAGACACUCGCCAAACAUCAUCCUUGGCUGAUCAGGAAAGGAGCUUCUCUCGCCAUGUUGACUCUCCCAAAAGUUGAAGAGAUUUUCGCAAAGGCGUUGCCUGACGAAAAGAAAGACCUGCGGCAACUGGUGACAUCUGUCUCCGAGGAAGCCUACAAAGUGUACAACUUUACGCAGUCCAUCUACGAACAGAAUAACCUUCUCGAUCUUCCUUGACGCUCCAUCUGACCAUGUGCGCGAGAGCGGUGGCCCCCCCGAGUGAAGACAGUUUUUGACUGGCCCUAUGAGCGAGAGUGUUCUCUGCAAACUGCUGAACAUGAAUGCUCUUGGCAGAACAAAGCUUCCUUUCUUUCUUUUUUUUUGUUGCCGGGCAACAGUGUUUUAAAUGUGUUUGCAUGUCCACUGUGCUGCCUCAUUCGAGCUGCCGUGACUGGCAUCUCAGUGCAAAGUGAAUGUAAGUUCUCUGUGCGGAUGUCUGACAACUGAGAGGAUGAAAAUUUAUUCUUUUAUAGCAACUUAUGAAGUUGUCCUUUCUUGAUGUUGUUAUCACUUCAAGUGCCAGCUUGAGCAGGAGUAAUGUAUAGAUAUUUUUUCACAAAUUAAGUUUCAGUUUCAAUUUCAGAUAUAAUUCAUGAUAUUCAUUUCGAAAAUGAAGCACUGUGCUCGUGAUUUUAUUGUGAGGUAGCCUUCUGGACAGUUUAUAAGUGUCUGAGGCCUAGAACCGGGAAGUCAAUGUUAUAGGGACAGCAAUCUUAAAUUAGAGUAGAGCUGAAUCUCGUUUGUGCUGUUACGGUUGAAAAGAGAAGAUAUGGAAGGGAAAUAUGCACUGGCUGGGAAAACGUUAUAAAUGAAGUGUACGGCCCAAAUGGGGUAUUUCCAACAUACCUUACUGGGAGCUUGUAAACUGAGAAAUCGUGUGAACAAGAAGGUGGCUGUGAGGCUUUGCUAUACGGUCAAACCUCGACAUAACGAAUUGUCAAAUAUAAUGACGUGAAUAUAAAAUGUUUGUCACCUAUCAGUGUGUAAAGAAUAUAUGCUUAUAACAAAUAUUGGAUUUAAUGAAGGUAUUUUUGUGUCAGAUGUGACUUCUUUAUUAACGAUGUUUGACUGUAUUAGCCAAGUUAAAUCUUGCAUAGGCGGAUUCAGUCAUGAAAAAGGCUGAGCUCACUAGACCUUUAGUAGUUGUGUGGUAUGUUGCAGGACACUUAAGGUAGAGUCAACUGCACAGCUGCUUAUGGUGUAAUUGCUGGUCAGGAAAAGCAGUAGUGGCUAAAUGCAGCAGAAGGCAAGGCUUUGUUUUAAUGCGAGUCAGGAUAGAAGGCGGGUAAAUGUGCCAUUGCUCAUUAACAUACUGAAGUACUUCGGUUCCUUGAAUGUGCUACUUCUCAAGGUAGAAUGAUGUGAGAUUGUAUUGCAGCACCGAGUCUUGUCCAUGCUGAUGUCAGCAUCGAAGGUGGCAACGUAUUGCCUUGUAAUUUAUGCAUCGCUAGUAAUUUAUUGUCGAAGGCCACACUUUGUAAUAGUUCUUUUCCUUUGAUUCUAUCGAUUCCACCUGUCGCAGUGAGUGACUGAUCUUGACAAUGGCAGUGCAACAGCGAGCUGCCUGCAUGGUAAUCAUGCAAGUUCAGUGUAGCAGUUAAAUUAAUUGUUAUGGAAUUUGUGUCCAGUUCAUUUUGCUUCACAGGGAAGAAAGUUAUGACAGUAGGAAAGAUGGUUUUUUGUGACAGUCAUUUGACAUCUUGAGAAAGUUAAUGAAGCGUUGCUUGUGACCCCUCAAGAAUGGUUUUGUUGCCUUUUUUUCCUUAGUAACAUUAUAAAGAACAAACAAAUCAUGCCAUCAACUUCAACUACAUGAACUACGACAACCAUGGUACUUUUACAAAUGUGAAAAAAAAAGCUCAAUUAUACUUGUCCGUAUGUAGUGGCAUCAAAACUCCUUGUGACGGAACCUCUGCACACAUUAGGGUUUGGUGGUUGCACAAUGUCACUUUAGUAUACAGUCAUGAAAGGUGUUGUCACAUGAUGAAGACUUAGCUAUAAAAGUAAGACUGGUAAGACUCAGACUCACAUGGUAAGACUCACAUGGUAAGACUCAGCUAUAAAAGCGUCUGUCUGUUGGUCGGUCUUUGCCAUGUGCUUAACCAUUUCCUGCACUGUUUUCAGCAUUAAGCUUUCAGUGUUCGCUUACAGCAUAAAAUUUAUGUUCAACUAACUAUUUUAAAAUGCAGUAGAACCUUAUUGGUUCCUUUCGAGAUUGUAAGAAUUCAGAAAAUAUUAUUGAGCGAAACAUGAGAAUCUUGUUACGUGAAUGGGACGUAUUUAUUCUUCUCCACUAUGAACAUAAACUGGGAAAUCUUGCAAAACAAGUAUUAGCAAGGGGGCUUUUCUACUGUGACCUUUUGCAAGCUAUUGUCUGAAAAGAAAAAUCUCAUAGAAAGGCGAAUCUUCAGCUCCUGUGCAUUAUAUAUAUAUGUGUGUGCUCAAUGAGUUAUGAGAAAUUAAGUACACUUCUUCAUGUAAACUGCGAGUGGAAGUGCAAAACUGGUUUCAUGCUCCGAGUACAUGGCAUUCGGUGUGACAUAUUGAGUUGCUACGCUGUAGGGAUCACUUGUGCCAUAGGGUUUCCUGCAUAAAUUCCUAGAAGAAAUUUAGGUGCAGCAAUUGUUUAGCUAGCAUGGGCAGGGUGGUUAUACAUGGAUUUGUCUCAUCUUUGUGCUUGUGGCUUCAAACGUUCUUGUGACUUUAUUUACUGUGCUUUAUCAACCGUCUUCCUAUCUUCCAUUUCUAUGUUUCUAUCUCCUCUUUUCUAAAGAGUAGGCAGGCGUUGUGCCCAUUCUGGUGGCAGUUGCCAGCCUGCACCUUGCUAUCCCUUUCCUGUCAAAUGUAUGUUUUCAAAUCAAAUAAUAAUAAUAAUCAACCUUUACUAGCCAAAAUCCUGCAUUUCCAAUUGCAGAAGGCAAUUGCGCACAUGCGGAAUUGUUAUGAAUUUUUGCAUUUGUAAUGCAAUGUAUGGUUGAUAAUGAACGACUUGCAAAGUCACAAAGACGUUUGAAGCCAGAAAUAUGAAGUUUGGGCAAAUUCAUGUACUAACCAUGAUUCCCAUGCUCUCUGAACUGCCAUGCUUGCAGUUUCCAUGGAUACUAGCACCGAAGUUCCCUCUAGCAAUUUUUGUAGGAAACUCUAUAGCUUGUGCUGGGCUAUGGAAUGUCUCUUUUGAUUGGUGCUACUGGGUCUGUGUGCACUAUCAUGCAAGCUUUUUACUUUCGUGCUAGUUGAAUUGGGUCUGUGAAGACUGGACUGUGCCUUUAACCUAAUUGCAAUUAAAAUUUGUAUCUGUGAUCUUGGCAGCUUGUUGUAUUCUACAUCUAUCACCGAGGCUGCCUAGUUUGGUUUAAAUCUGGCGUGGACCUAUGUAUGAUAUUUUGUGAAAGCAGGCUGCAGUUGUUAUGUGUCUCCUUUUUGCUCCUACCUCCCUUUGCGUCAUGUACAACGCACAUUGAAGCUUUUGCGUUAGGCGAUGAAAGAUUCACCUGUGUUGUUUUGGUGUACAAUUGUCCACUUUUUCUGGAUCAUUUUACGAGUAUGUUGCUGCUGCUUGGGUUUUGAAACCACGACCAGUGUUCUUGUUCCAGGUGUACUAAGCUUUAGCACUUGCCAUUUGAGCUAAAAAAGUCUGAUGGCAAAUUUCAAGCAUUGUUGCACGCUGUGCAGCUGAAAUACUUUUGCUUCGGCUUCGUGAUAUGCAUGCACAAGUAUGUGAAUAUUGUCCCAGACCAUGCAACGUGAUAGCUUGCAUUGCUGUUUCAGAACGUGUAGUAAAGCAUUGUAAGCAAGCCCCAACAUGCAUGUAGUUUAGUUUCGCUCCCAUUGCAGCCUGAAAAUGCACUCUGCACAUAUAUUUGUUCUGGUCACUUGCGAUCAUGUUAAUGGGAUUUUACUUUGUAUCCUUUAUUUUCCACGGUUCUUUUAUGUGGUAUGCUCUGCACCAGAGGCCAAAUUCAGAGUGAUUCUCAGGAAGUGCUUCAUGUCUUAGCAACUAACACACAAUGAUGUGCCAUGUCUAACUGCAUAUUUAUUUGCAGCGGGAGAAAGGAAAGAAAGCGAUUGGAUGAGAUGAUGCACUGGCUGUCGUCAAUUGAUUAUUUUUUGCAGUGAAUAGCUCUCCAUGCCUGUGUACGUGAUUAAAAUAGCUGAGUGCAAUGCCUUCGAGACUGGCCCAUUACAUUUCCUGCUGUAGAGCUCAGGAUGCUCUAAUGCUAUCUGUGAGCGUAAUUCCUUGCCGAAUGCUUCGCACAUUUACUGCUUAUAGACCUGGGAAAAAAAGAAGAAAAUACCUUUGUCAUAAGAAUGCUGUAAGGUAGAGUGACAACAGUGGUGUUACACCUUUUACUUGGAGCAUCACAUCUUCAGCUCCUCAUACAGCAGCGCAGGACUGGGUAGGUGUUACAUGAGAUUGCAUAUAAUUGAAACUGGAUUUUACAAGAUUGGAGAGUAUGGUAAAGCAGUUGUUUGCUGUUUAUGGGAUUCUGUAACCAUUAACACACGUGCAGAUCUAGGUUUUUGUUUUCUUCCCCCGAAGAGUAAACGAACAAGAUUUGAAAGAGCAGUACUUAUUUAUUGUAAUUUUUUACAAACCAGCUGCACACAACAGAGCUGCUACUGAGUGUAGCAGUACAGUUGACUUCCGUUAAUUUGACCUUGCCGGUACCGACAAAAUUGAUCAAAUUAUCUGGUGGGUCGAACUAAACGGGAUGCAGGAAAAACGGCACAACACACCGACAGUAUUUGUCCAAAUUUAACACGCCCCUAAAUCAAGCACGCACCUACUUUCUGUGUGUCUAAAGUAGAAAAAUGACGUAGAAAUAACAUUAAAGAAGCUAAGCAAAUUACCAAUCUAACAUGCACCAAAUUUUUUAGCAAGAGAUGGAGGCAAGGGUAUACUAUUAUUAGUUGCACAAUGGCGGCUGGUUUCCUAAAGUCAGCUUCACCGCAUGAUAUUUUAAAGUCUGCUUUGCCGCAGUGCAUUUUUGUGCGGUAAAGCGUGCAAAAGUGAUUUUCGUUUCGUAUCCUAUUGUACCGCGCAGGCAAUAUUCGGGCCAAUUUUCUUGAAAAAGAUAAGGUGCGCGUUAGAAUCGGAUAAAUACUGUAAUCAGACAUUUGAGCUACGCUUGUCCCUUGAAAAUCUUUCGAGGGCUGACUGGCCAAGUUUGAAUUAUCCAGCAAAGGCCAAUUAUAGGAUCGGAAGUUUAGACCCACACAUGGUCGCCGGACGAGACUUUCGGUCGGGAUUGAAUUAACCGAAAAUUUGCAUUAACCGGAGUAGAAUUAAUGGAAGUCUACUGUAUAUAAUUUCCUUUGUCAGCCUCACCCAAUAGUCUCUUGCCACUUCUGUGCAGCACUUGACAUUCGUUGAACAUUUAUUUAAUCGUCUAACGAAUACAUACAUAGUUACAAUGUUGUGAAAACAUUUCGUGGGGAUCUUCCCCUGCAUUGCAGCAAAUUGCAGAUGCGCUUCGCUGUUUGACGAAAGUCUUGCCCCCCCCCCCCCCCUUUUUUUGCUCUCUGAAUUGUAUACCGACGUCAAUAUUUACCCAUUGAGUGUGGCUGAUUUGUGCCAAUUUUCUAAUGAGUAAUGUUUAAAACAGAUUUCUGCUGUACUUACUACAGUUUUGAAAUAUUCUUUUUGACAACCAUGACUGUCACUGCACCUUGCCUGUGGGGCUCUAGUCAAACUGCACUUGGCACUUGGCAGUCAAUUAUCACUGAGCAGGGAAUCUUCCAUUUAAGUUAUAUUUUAAUAAAUAUAUUACUGUGCAUUCAGUGAUCCUGUGUUAAUAAUGCUUCUAAUGGUUAUUUCAACAGUGAGGUUACAUAUGCUAUGCAGUGUCAUUGUUGACAAGUUUUGCUUUUUUACCUUUCAUUGUGCAUGUUGGCAGGUGAUCUUUUGUCAAGUCAACAUGAAGUUUGUAUUUGUGCUUCGUUUUUUUUUUUUUUUCUGUUCAGCUGCAGUCAAAUGUCGCCGAAUUCAGCUUGCCAUCUAGUUUUAUCACUAUUCAGCAUGUUUUCUGAUAGACAAGCUUUGCACAUCAUUUAUAACAGGUGUAUGCAAAAUCUGUCUUCAAGAGAUAAAAAAUGUGGAUGGUCAACACAGAUAGGUUAUAACUUAUUGUUGAACUUUUUCUGAUGAGCACUACCUUAAUCUGCCCUGUUGUUGGCAUGACGUCUCACUAAUUUUGUGAGCCUGAUCAAAGAGCACUACGGCGUUCUUGGCAUUUUGAAUGCCUGUAGUGGGUGAAAGUAGUCCAUGACUUCUGUUCUUUUAGAGGCGAAACACCUUAGGGCCAAGCCUUGUCCCUCGUUGUCGUCCGUUGUCCGUAGCUCUGGUUUGCAUGGAGACCGCUAGGGGUGCUGUGGUGCUCAAGGGCUAUAUAAGCGCUGUAUAUACUGUACACAUGUGCAGUAUCUAUAUGUAUGUGUAUACAUUAUAUAUAUAUAUAUAUAUAUAUAUAUAUAUAUCACCGCAUUUGGGUAACCGUAUACGGGGGAUUCACGGUUUCCCGAAUGAUCCCCCGGUGCUUCGCCCACUCGUCAUCAUGCACUUUGUGGAUAUGCGGUGAUCUUUUUUUAAAUGUGAAGUUUACAUACAAAACAUAAAUUUAAGUGGCCCUAUUACAUUCGAAGCAAAAAUUAGCUGUAUGUUGUGUAUAGGCGGUUUGCGUUCAGGUAAUCAAUCAUACACUGCCAGUGUCAUGCUUGCAAAUGUUAAAGAGUGGAGAAGUGGGAUUGGUGCAAGGCUACAUGGGUGAACUGAGGCUAUCAUUGCACUUGAAAUACAUAUUUAGGAGAACGCUAAAAGUGCUCAUGUCAUUUAUAAAUUAGUUUUCUGAGUGUAUAACCCUGAUAGAAAAAACAACAACACUGGAGAUCAGUGGAACCGACAACCAUCCAGCAGAUCAGAUGUCUUAUUUUUGCAUUCACAUUUACCGUUGAAAUUGAUGUAAUUGGGAAAGUGGAUGGCUUGGUUGUGCACAACUGUUUGUGGCUUUGUAUUCGUGGUUGUGUGUUAUUAUGUCUAUUUUGUAUAGAAACUGCUUUUUACAUUUAUAAGAACACUUUAUAUGUACACUUUUAGAAAAUAAAUUUACAAAAGAUGG